AUGCCCUCUGCAACUGAGAAAUUCGACCUCCCGCUCGCCAAGCGACAAAAACGGGUGUCCAAAGAAAACAAGGCUGGACCACGGGGUUCAAAGAUCUUUGCUCCUUUCCGGACAUUAGGAUUGGUAUCACCGACGCCGGUACCGUUCACGUCGGUGCGCCUGGGUAAAUCGACCUAUCAAAUCACCACAUCUGUUGGGCAUUCCCUGCAGACCUAUGAUCUCCGCAAAGGACUGAACUUGAUUUUCCUAAGUCGACCGCAAACCCCGGAAAUUAUUACGGCAACAUGCGCAUGGCAGGAUAAGGUCUUCGCGGCUUGGGGCCAUCUUCGCCCGCAAUCUCCCGGGGGAAUCUGGGUCUUCAAACGUGGUAAAAAGGUCGCGGCUCUUGCAAGCCCUGCAGAUCUUAAAGGCCCUAUCGAACGAUUGGUUGUAUUCGGCUCGUGGGUAGUCGGUUGCUGGGCCGGAGGUCUCGAGGUCUGGAAGACAGGCACAUACGAGCACUAUGCCAGCAUGCGACCUCAAUCCGUCCAGGGCUCUUCUCAGGGACAGACCUAUACCGGUGUCAUGUGCAACAUGCCCACCUAUAUCAACAAGAUAUUCGUCGGUCGAUCCGACGGCGCGAUUGAUAUUUGGAACCUGCGCAGCGGCAAACUCAUCCACACGUUGUCACCAUCCACUCCAGAUGCUGGGCCUGUGACGGCAAUUCAGCCCACACCUGCUCUAUCACUUGUCGCCGUUGCCUACAAGAGCGGCGCCCUGUCAAUUCAAAACGUUAGCUCGGGCCAGCCUGUUCUGAAGUUGAAAAACGCCUCUUCCCGGGGCCUUCCUGUCACAUCCAUCAGUUUCAGAAGCGAUGGGCUGGGUGCCGGCCAUGAUGGUCGAAGCUCAGGCGUUAUGGCCACCGUCUCAGCUGGCAGCGGCGACAUCACUUUGUGGGACUUGAACAACGGAGGUCGCAUUGCAGGUAUCCUACGUGGGGCCCAUCGUGUGUCAAGCGGUGAAAAAUCGAUGGGUGCGAAUCGUGCCGAGUUCCUGGAUGGGCAGCCAGUGAUCGUGUCUUCGGGCGACGACAACUCUCUGAAGACAUGGAUCUUUGACACCACCCCGUUCUCGCCCAUCCCCAGGCCACUCCACAUCAGGAGUGGACACUCGGCUGCUGUCAGUGCCCUCGACUUUUUGCCAGGGUCCUCGGACGGCUCCGACUCGACUGGAAAAUGGCUUCUUAGUGCAAGCAAAGACUGUAGUCUUUGGGGACUCAGUUUGCGCAAGGAUAGCCAGCACACCGAAAUCUCCCAAGGAAGCGUGGAGCGCAAGGCUAAGAAGGCAGGCCCAUCGACAAACUCAAGCCCCAUGUCAUCGGAGGAGCUUAAAGCUCCAGAAAUUACCUGUAUCUCUAGCAGUCUUAAUCGUGAUGGCGGUAUGGGAAUCACCACCUCUGGUCCGAUCUGGUCAAACCCCAAGGUGACGAACGCCGACGCCUCUAAUACAACAGGGUGGGAAAGUGUCGUCACUGGUCACCGAGGUGACAAAUUUGCACGCACCUGGUUUUGGGGUAAGAAAAAGGCAGGCCGCUGGGCAUUCGCCACAAGCGAUGGAACGGAGGUUAAGAGUGUAGCAGUCUCCCAUUGUGGAACCUUCGCGGUCAUCGGGUCUGCAGGAGGAUCUAUCGAUAUGUUCAACAUGCAGUCAGGCCAGCACCGACAGAGCUUCCCGACUCGUCUACCCGCUUCACGCCUGAAAGCCAGCGCCCUGGCCACAGCAACAGGGUCUUCGAAGCACAGCAAGGCGGUGACUGGCUUAAUGAUUGACAGUUUAAACAGGACUGUCGUCAGCUGUGGUUUGGAUGGCAAAGUCAAGUUCUGGGAUCUCCUCUCUGGAAAAUUCAUUGACGAGCUUGACUGGAACCCAAUGACUGCCAUUACUGGACUCCGUUACAACAAGGCAAGUGAAUUAGUCGCUUUCAGCUGCGACGAUCUCUCGAUUCGAGUGAUCGAUCUCGAGACCAGGAAGCUCGUGCGUGAGUUUUGGGGAUGUGUAGGCCAAGUGAAUGACUUCAUCUUCUCUAAUGAUGGACGUUGGAUCAUUGCUGCCUCGAUGGAUUCGGUGGUGCGUGUCUGGGAUCUCCCCACGGCUCACCUGGUUGACAUUUUCCGCGUGUCAAGUACUUGCGUUGCUCUAGCCAUGUCAUCGACGGGUGAGUUCCUUGCUACUGCACAUGCUGGGGGGAUCGGUAUCAGUCUUUGGAGUAACCGCAGUCUCUUCAUGCCCAUUUCCACCAAGAAUCUGGACGAGAGCAUCAUCGAAUCUAUCGGGAUUCCGGCAACUUCAGGAGAAGGUGGUGCGGGUCUUAUUGAAGCAGCUUUUGCUGAGACCACUGAAGAAGAUGAGUCAGAGGGACCGGUGCUAGCGACUGAACAACUCUCGGAGGAUAUGAUGACUCUCAGUCUUGUUCCCAAGAGCAGAUGGCAGGCACUUAUCCACUUGGACACAAUCAGGGAACGCAACCGUCCUAAGGAAGCUCCGAAGGCACCAGAGAAGGCACCCUUCUUUCUUCCCUCUCUCCUUGACAAGAGUGGCCCAGGUUCCAACAGAAAUGGCACCGAAACGGAUGCCGAAAUUGGUUCGUUGGCAAGAAGCACUGAGGCCGAAAGGCUGCGCAUUGUCAAGGCGCAGAAUGGCCAGACCCCCGACUCCCCUCAGUCUCUCUUCACACGAUCAUUGGCCUCCGGUCACCUGUCUGGCAACUUUGAUUCGUUCGUCGAUCAUCUCAAGUCGCUGCCUCCAGCUAAGGCAGAUCUUGAGAUCCGUUCAUUGGACCCCCGGAUGCGUGAUGGACACUCCGAGCUGUCCGAUUUUGUCACUGCCCUGACAUGUCGCCUGAAGUCCAAGAAGGACUUUGAAUUGGUCAAUGCUUGGAUGGCAGUGUUCUUGAAAAUCCAUUCCGAUACUGUUGCUCUUUGUUCUCACCGCGAUGAGCCCGAGUAUCGCCUGUUGCAAGGAGCUCUGGCUGCUUGGGCCCAGGAGCAAGAGCAGGAGGGCAAGCGCCUCGCUGAGUUGGUGGGAUACUGUCGUGGAGUAGUGGGAUUCUUGCGAUCAGCUCGGUAA